AUGGGGUUUCGAGAAAGAGUGAAGAGAGUCAUCUUCAGCUCGCGUCCUGUCUCGUUGAGUCCGGCUGCUUCUUCCUCUAGGCUGGCUGAACGGCUUGAGCAAGCAAGAGAGCACACCGCUGUCUCUCCGGUACCACAGCAGCAUCUCCAGCAUCACCAGCACCACCAGAAGCAGGCGACCACGAAGAGGGCUCGCUCGUUCACCCGCUCCAUCCGUACAGGCAUCAUCAAAUCACUGCUCAGCCGGCCGUCGAAACGGAAGAGCAACAAGAGCGAAGAGCCCUGGCCCAAGAUCGAGCUCUACAAGGCACACGAGAUCCCACGCCCAAAGUACCGCGGGCCGGUCGACAAGAAGCACCUGGCAGUGCUGGCGGCAUACUCAAUUGUGAAGGCGACUGAAGACCACAGACGACGGUCCACCGACUCGUCCGUCUCUCCGCUGGCUAUGCCAUCGAGACGGGGGAGCAUCAGCAGUGGCGAGUCUGCCGGGACCGCGACGGUGAUAGUGAGACGUCCUGGCGACGUCGAGGAUGAAGAUGAAGACGAAGGCUCGAACACUACCUCGAUCCUGAGCUCUGAUGGAGUAAACAUCAGCUCGUCGACUCUUCUUACUUCUCUCACGGAAGACGAGCAGCAGCAGCAGCAGCUUCAUCAAUAUCAACAACGACCGUCGGUGAUGAGACUGAAGCGGACGACAGCCUUCACGGCAGCAGACCUGCACCAUGCAUUGAAUGCCAUCGAGACAUGA